AACCCCGCCUCCUGAUGAGGUCAUGAAAAGGGCGGGGGAAAGGACUUUGCUGAGCAUUGUACGCAGGCGCCAACCGCUCAUUGCAUUCUGGGAGUCGUGGUAAACUGCACGAUAUCGCUAAGGGGAGAACUACGUUUCCCAAAAAGCCUGCACAACCCUGGCGUGCAUAUGCCGGAAAUAGUCUGCUGCACGAGGUGCUGCGAGUGAGAGGAGCCCAGUUGUAGUUGCCGGUGCCGUGGUCACUGCAAUGCCCAAGGCCAAGGGGAAGACCAGGAGACAGAAGUUCGGUUACAAUGUUAACCGGAAGCGUCUGAACCGAAAUGCUCGACGGAAAGCAGCGCCGCGGAUCGAGUGCUCCCACAUCCGACAUGCCUGGGACCACGCUAAAUCCGUGCGGCAGAACCUGGCCGAGAUGGGAUUGGCUAUGGACCCCAACAAGGCUGUGCCCCUUCGUAAGAGAAAGGUGAAGGCCAUGGACAUUGAUGUAGAGGAAAGGCCUAAGGAGCUUGUGCGAAAACCCUAUGUGCUAAAUGACCUGGAGGCAGAAGCCAGCCUCCCAGAAAAGAAAGGAAAUACGCUGUCCCGAGACCUCAUUGACUAUGUACGUUACAUGGUGGAGAAUCAUGGCGAGGACUAUAAGGCUAUGGCCCGGGAUGAGAAGAAUUACUAUCAAGAUACCCCGAAACAGAUUCGGAAUAAGAUCAACGUCUAUAAGCGUUUUUACCCAGUGGAGUGGCAAGCCUUCAUUGAUUCUUUGCAGAAGAAUAAGAUGGAAGUUGAAUGGUCCAUCAGACACAUUUCUGGAGAAUACUGCCAUGGUUGAGACAUGUGAAUCAGCAGCCACAGGCCAGUGCACGCUCUAAGUAAAUACAGGCUUUUGGGUGACAUAUUAAAGGGUAUAGAAUUGUUAAGACAGGUGUGUAAUGAGCAGUUAACACAAGUUAUAAGGGUCUCAGAAUCAUUCCAAACUAUCCGUCCUUUCAGUAGUAUGUAUGGCAAACAGACACAAGCCUGUAUGUACUGGGUACUAUUGACUGUGAAGGAUAAAGUAGAAAUAUUGCUGGAGCUGUUUUUAUAAUAUGUGCCCUUCCAGGUAUGUAAAGGGUGACGGACAGGAGUUAAUUUCCCUAUAUGCUUCUGUAACAGUCAUUGUAAAUGACUGGGUGUGGAAAUUCCCCCACCAUGCCAAAUGAUUGAGCCAUUAGCAGUGGUGCUGAUAGUUUGAUUAUGAACACACCAUCGUAGGUUUUGUAACGAAUUUUUAAGGCAAGCUGAGCCCAUAGGGCUUUAAUGAAUGACGCUUCCAUAGGAAGCAUUUAAAAGAACUCACCCUAUUUCCCUUCUAUAUACGUCCCAAGUCACGCAUCUGUCAUUCUGACAAUGUGCGAGUAGCAUAAGAUAGAAGCAUUGGAGGAGUGUCAUUAAUUGUAAGAUUGGAGUCAAUCAGAGAAUGGGCUGAUAGUAAGAAAAUGUUUGUGUUGGGUCCCAUUUUUAAUAAUAGAUAGUCAUACUUGAGGCUUACUCUUGAGGCAGUGUUGCCCGUAACCAAAACAUAAGGAGGACACUCGAUCCCUAUAGUGUAAUUAUCCAUAACAGGACCUUCUUCAUUUGGCCUAUGUGGUCCUCUGCUGUCAAAUGGCCCAGGUGUCCAUUCCGUGUCAUUUGUAUAUACCGGCACGGGGGAGUCAUACCAAUUUAUGCCCUGAUUGAGAGGUGGAUGAGGGAUACAAGCCCAGUAAGUAUAGUUAUCAGCGUUUACUGUGGUAGUGAUAACCGCAAGCAUCACAAGGAAAAGGUGAGCAGGAGUUUGCGGGCUGCGAGUCUGCAUCAGUAUUUUUCAGCAUCGUGUGUCAACCUCUUAACUUGUCCCCAGGUAGGAGGCUGAGUGGUCCUAGUGCGCCUGAGGAGAGGGCAUGGCGCAUUAGGCACAAAUUAUCAGUUUCCCGAUGGACAUUCUGUGAAACUCUUUGACUGGUGGGAUUAUGUCUAACCAAGGUCACUUGGAUUGGCUUAUUCCUGGGUUUCAACCGGCUACUGGGUAACCACUGGUAGCCUUGAUCCAUAGAGACAUAAGCAUACCCUUUGCCCCACACAACAACCUCUCCCUUUUCCCAGUGUCCCUUCUCAUCUUUCCAAUAUACCGGCUGAUGAACAGGGGUGACCUUUUGCUUGUGCCAGUGUACCUUAGCAGCAGGACAUGUAUGGGGUACUUCUAUGUCCAAGAAAUUUAAAGUAUAUAAGGCACGAUGUAAUUGUUCCCGUGGCAUAGUCUAAGUCCUUCUUCUCCCCCUUUUUGUUUAAUUAACAUGUUUUUACGUACCCGAUGAGUGUGUUCUAUGAUCCCUUGAUCUUGAGGGUUACAGGGAAUGCCAGUAAGAUGAGUAAUUUGUUGUGCUGCAAAGCAGCGGGCUACCUUAUGAGAUAUGUAUGCAGGGCCAUUAUCACUUUUAACGUAUAGCCUUUUUUCCUGUACGUGCUGUGGCCCAGAUAUAUCCGGAGAAGGUAUCCGCAGUAACAUGUACAUAAGAGAGCUUACCAAAAGCAGGAAUAUGGGUAACAUCAGAUUGCCAAAGUUCAUUUGCCCAUAGUCUAUGAGGAUUCACUCGAGAAGUAUAUGGAGCCACAGUGAGGGGCUUGCAAGAAGGACAGGCACUAACGAUGUCUUUUGACUCAGCAUGUGUUAUAGUGUGUCUGUGGGCGAGUCCUCGAGCAUUAGUAUGGUGAAGCAUAUGCUCCUGUUGUGUCAUCUGUAAAGUGCCUUGUAAUAAGUCAUCAGCAGUGGAAUUUCCUAAGGCUAAUGGGCCAGGAAGGUUAGAAUGACUGCAAGUAUGAGUGAUAUAUAAAGGAUGUUGCCUAUGCCAUCUGUAUUAAUUCUUGUAAAUGCAAAAACAGAUAAUGUAAUUCAUUUUGUGAAACAAUAUGUACAGUUUCAAUAUUUAGGACUAUGAACCAUACAUAUAGUGAAUCUGUCACAACAUUGAGGGAAGCAGGUACAAGAUGCAACAAUUCUAUAACGGCUGCUAAUUCAGCUUUUUGGGUAGGGCUGUUAAGGUUGGGAUCACGGCUAAUGUUUGGAAAAGAUAAGGUAUAAGUCGGAUUCCCCAGGUCACAACCAAUUUAUAUCACCUAGUAACUUCUGGAAAUCAUUUAAAGUUUUCAAAUGAUCUCGGUGAAUCUGUACUUUUUGGGGAAUGAUGGUUACCUUGUGAAUUUUUACACCAAGAUAAAGGAAGGGAUCUUGGUUUUGCACCUUUUCCUCUCCUAUUAUUAGGCUGUAUUUGGGCCUAAUAAUAAAGAUAAAGAUCUUCUACUUGUGUAGGCGUUCGAAUAUCAUUCAUGUAAUGGUUAAUCAAUGCUUGUGGGAACUGAAUACGCAAUUGUGAAAGCAACUGAUUAACAAAAUGCUGACACAUAGUAGGGCUAUUAAGCAUACCUUUUGGAAGCACUUUCCAUUGAUAGCAUUGCAUAAGAGCCAUAUGAUUGUAUGAAGGUACAGAAAAAGCAAAUUUUUCUCUAUCAUUUGGCUGUAGUAGAAUUGUGAAAAAACAAUUUUUCAAAUCUAUAAUUAAUGACCAGUUCUGACUAAUCAUAGUAGGGGAUGGGAACCCAGUUGCAAAGGUCCCAUACUCGUUUACCUUCCUUAAGUCAGUCAACAUUCUCCAUUUCCCAGAUUUUUUCUUUAUCACAAACACAGGAGAAUUCCAUAGACUGGUGGACAUAUCUAUAUGACCUGCAUCCAAUUGUUCUUGCACUAAUUGCUCUAAAGCCUCUAAUUUCUCUUUCGGAAGGGGCCACUGAUCCACCCACACUGGGACAGUUGUUAACCAUUUUAAUGGCAAGGCAUAACGUUGUUUAGAAAUAGUGGCCCUUACACUAAAUUUGAAUUCUGUGCAGGAUAUCCCCGUCCCAUAUAAGGAGGCUGCAUUUUGGCAGUAAUUGGCUCCGUACACCCAUUUUCUUGUCGUCCAAGCCCUUCUAAUGGAUUUUAACUCAUUUUUGGACAUAAUAUUGGUUGCAGCAGGAGAAACAUAAGGAAUAUUAACAUAUGCUCUUCAUUGACUUAAUAGGUCUCUUCCCCACAGAUUAAUGGCUCUAUCAGUAAUAUAAGGCUGGAUAGUAGCAGCCUGGCCUUCAGGCCCUUUACACAGAAAAAUUUCAAUGCUCUGUUGGAUAUCAGUCAGUAGCUUUUCCUACACCCGUGAAGACUGCGGAUACAAGUCAAAGUGGCCAAUUCUCAGGCCAGAACUUAGAAGCAAUGAUGGUGACAUCAGCUCCUGAAUCUACCAGGCCACUAAACUAUUUUCUGUUCAUUUGUAAGGUCAGCUCAGGCCUUGUGUCCUUUAGAAAUGUUUGCCGAAGUACCCCGUUUGCCGGUAGAUCGAAACCCUCCCUGUCGUUCUAUCGGCUUGGAAUUCAAAGCAAUGUAAGGCAACAACAAUAGUUGAGCAAUGUGAUCUCCUGCCAAGACACAAUAAAGAACAGAAGUACUAAUCAUUACUAAAAUUUCAUCCUUAAAAUCAGCAUCUAUAAUUCCUAAGUGGACAUGAACUCCCUUGGACAUAAGACUACUUCAGCCAGUAAGGCUAACGGACCCUGAAGGAAAAGGGUCAUAAAUCCCAUUUUUUUUUCAACGUUUUUAUUUAUUUUUUUGGGACAGAGAGAGACAGAGC